UGGCAGCCUCGCCCUUGGGAUCUGCUGACACUUCCUUUCGGCCCAGGUGCUGGGGUGAGGUGCCAAAGGUUUCCUAUAAAGCCCCAGGUCUCCGGCCGGUGGCCACUCGCUGAGCUCGCGGACCCGCCCGGACCACCAUGGUGAGGCUGGCGCUGCCCAACCCCGGCCUGGAGGCCCGGAUCCCGUCGCUGGGCGAGCUGGAGCGCAUCGAGCAGGAGGAGAGCAACUCGCGGCCCAAGUGGGACAACAAGGCGCAGUACAUGCUGACCUGCGUGGGCUUCUGCGUGGGCCUGGGCAACGUGUGGCGCUUCCCCUACCUGUGCCAGAGUCACGGCGGAGGAGCGUUCAUGAUUCCGUUCCUCAUCCUGCUGGUCCUGGAGGGGAUCCCGCUGCUGCACCUGGAGUUUGCCAUCGGGCAGCGGCUGCGCAAGGGCAGCGUGGGCGUCUGGAGCGCCAUCCACCCGGCCCUCAAGGGCGUAGGCAUUGCGUCCAUGUUUGUGUCCUUCAUGGUGGGCCUCUACUACAACACCAUCAUCGCCUGGGUCAUGUGGUACUUCUUCAACUCCUUCCAGGAGCCCCUGCCUUGGAGCCAGUGUCCACUCAACGCCAACAAGACAGGUUACGUGGAGGAGUGUGCCCGCAGCUCCUCCGUGGACUACUUCUGGUACCGCGAGACCCUCAACAUCUCCACCUCCAUCGAUGACUCGGGCUCCGUGCAGUGGUGGAUCCUGCUGGCCCUGACGUGUGCCUGGAGCGUGCUCUACGUGUGCACCAUCCGCGGCAUCGAGACCACCGGGAAGGCCGUGUACAUCACAUCCACGCUGCCCUACGUUGUCCUGACCAUCUUUCUCAUCCGGGGCCUGACGCUGAAGGGAGCCACCAAUGGCAUCGUCUUCCUCUUCACACCCAACGUCACGGAGCUGGCCAACCCGGUCACCUGGCUGGAUGCGGGGGCCCAAGUCUUCUACUCCUUCUCCCUGGCCUUCGGGGGCCUCAUCUCCUUCUCCAGCUACAACCCUGUCCACAACAACUGCGAGAUGGACUCGGUCAUCGUGUCUGUGAUCAACGGCUUCACGUCCGUGUACGCGGCCACUGUGGUCUACUCCAUCAUUGGCUUCCGUGCCACCGAACGCUACGAUGACUGCUUCAGCACGAACAUCCUGACGCUCAUCAACGGAUUCGACUUGCCCGAAGGCAACGUGACGCAGGAGAACUUUGCUGAGAUGCAGCAGUGGUGCAACGCUUCCGACCCUGUGGCCUACGCCAAGCUCAAGUUCCAGACCUGCGACAUGGAUGCCUUCCUCUCAGAGGGCGUGGAGGGCACCGGGCUGGCCUUCAUCGUCUUCACUGAGGCCAUCACCAAGAUGCCAGUGGCGCCCCUCUGGUCCGUCCUCUUCUUCAUCAUGCUCUUCUGCCUGGGCCUGUCGUCCAUGUUUGGCAACAUGGAGGGUGUGGUCGUGCCCCUGCAGGACCUCAAAGUCAUCCCCAAGAAGUGGCCCAAGGAGCUGCUCACAGGCCUCAUCUGCUUGGGGAUGUACCUCAUCGCCUUCAUUUUCACAUUGAACUCCGGCCAGUACUGGCUGUCUCUUCUGGACAGCUACGCGGGCUCCAUCCCCCUGCUCGUCAUCGCCUUCUUCGAGAUGUUCUCCGUGGUCUAUGUGUACGGCGUAGACAGGUUCAACAGGGACAUCGAGUUCAUGAUCGGCCACAAGCCCAACAUCUUCUGGCAGGUCACGUGGAGAGUGGUGAGCCCCCUGCUUAUGCUGGCCAUCUUCCUGUUCUUCUUCGUGAUCGAGGUCAGGGAGGAGCUGACAUACAACGUCUGGGACCCAGCCUAUGAGGAAUUUCCCAAAUCCAAGGAGAUCAAGUACCCGGGCUGGGUGUAUGCCGUGGUGGUCAUUGUUGCUGGGGUCCCCUGCUUGGUCAUCCCCUGCUUCGCCAUCUACAAGCUCAUCAGGAACUUCUUCCAGAGGCCAGGGGACCAGCGGGCACUUGUCAGCGCAGUGUCUGCGGCCUCAGUGAAUGGUGACCUCUCGUCCUAGGCAGCCCAGCCUGUGGGGUAGGGGUGGUGUCUGAGGAGGGAGUGGGCUGCACAUGUGUGCACAUGUGUGUAUUAUGUGAGGGUGCAUGUGUGGGAGCAUGUAUACAUGGGUGUGUGUGUCUGUGUGUAUUCAUGUGAGUGUGCACAUGUGUAUAUGUGUACACUGUGAGUAUGCACGUGUAAGAGUGUAUCCUCAGUGUGUGGGUAUGUCCCUGCAUGUGUAUGUGUGCGUGUGUAUACAUGUGCACGUGUGCGUGUACAUGUGUGGAUGUGUGCAAGCAUGUGUGCAUAACAAGGGACACCCUCCUGGUAUGGUUACACACACAUGUGAGUGUGCACAUGGAUGUGUAUAUGUGCACGUGAGCACAUGUGUGAGCAGGUGUGUACAUGAGCCAGUGUGAGUGUAUUUGCAUGUGUGUGAGUGUGUCUGCAUGUGUGUGAGUGUGUCGGCAUGUGUGUGAAUGUGUCUGCAUGUGUGUGAGUGUGUCCCAGUGUGCAAGCAUCUGUGUACUGUGCCUGUGUGCUCAUGCUUACGUGUGUGUGUACAGCUAUGUGUGUGCAUGUGUGUGCAUGCGUUGCCUUGCAGCACACACUCCUGCUAGCAGGGCCUGGGGAGCUGACAGGCGGUCCAUCUCCGCCCCGCUCCCAGAGCGUCAGCUGCCAUGGGGGUGGGGGCUGCUGUGCACGGCCCGCUCAUCUCGGCCCCUUGGAUCCAGUCUUGGUGCCUCCGCCCUUUCCUCUCGAGGUCCCCUGCGACCUUGGGGUUCUUGCAGUGAGGUUGGGGCUCUCACCCCGUGACCAGGAGCACCCGUCUCAGGCCCGUCCGGAAGAGGCCAGUGAGCUUGAGAGAACUUGGCCAGCCCGGUGGGGCCCCACCCAUCCGACAGAGUCUUGGCCACACCCAGGCAUCGUGAAGGCUGAUCUGCUUAAUCCCUGCAUCUGGCUGCCAGCAAUAGAUGAGCAGUUAAACAAAACUCAGCUCGGGUGACUUAAGGCAGACCCCCCCCCAUCACACUGUACGUUCUUGAGAGGACAUUAACUGCGUGAAUAUUUAGCCAGAUGUUGGAAAAGACGGGUUGUAGGAUAACUCAGCCUUGGCCACCGCGGUGGAGGACCGUCCAUGCGUCCCGAGAGACAUCAGGGACCGUGAGGGCAGGGGGACUGUCCACCUGCUGCUGCUUAUUGAAGCCGGCGUUGGUGCCUCCCUCCCGUGGGGGACGGGAUGCCACACCCAACCUGAUCCAAAGUUACGUGAACUUGGGUGUUUGUUUCCAAGACCCGGUCACCUCCACUUUCCAUGCAAAACUCAAGUUUAUGUUAAAUGGGACUUUCUGAGGAUUCUCUGUGCAGGACCAGAGAGCCAAGUGGUGGGUGGGAGACUCCUGGACGGCAUCCUUGGGACCCACCUCCUCUACUCCCAGAGCUGUCCAACCCGGUUGGGAAAACUGCUCAGGACCCCUUAGAUACACCCCACCCCACCCCCGGAGUACAUGGAGGGGAGACACACUCCCAGAAGUGACCUGGUCGGGGCUGGGCUGUCCUUCUCUGUCUCUUGGUGAGGGGUUCUUUCAUAGACUUGAUAUUUUGCAAAUUGUUAGAAAUUUGGGGUUUGUGGGUGUCGUGUGUACGUGUCUGAAUAAAUCACUCUCUUUCAUAG